AUGGCCGUAUAUGAUCAAACCGGAAUCGAUACAUCUACAUCAAAGAAGAGGAAAUCUAGGGCUCGUGCGGACGGUACAACGGUGGCUGAUCGGCUAAAGAAGUGGAAAGAGUACAACGAACACAUCGAAGCGUCUUUUAUAAACGAAGGAGAGAAGAAACCUAAACGCAGAGUACCUGCGAAAGGGUCGAAGAAAGGCUGUAUGAAAGGUAAAGGAGGACCAGAGAACAUUCAGUGUAGUUUCAGAGGAGUUAGACAAAGGAUUUGGGGUAAAUGGGUUGCAGAGAUUCGAGAACCCAACAGAGGAAGCAGGCUCUGGCUUGGCACUUUCCCUACAGCGGAAGAAGCUGCUUCUGCUUAUGACGAAGCUGCUAAAGCCAUGUAUGGUCCAUCGGCUCGUCUUAACUUCCCUGACUGUGUUGGCUCUGAGUUCACUAGCAGCACGUCGAGUCAGUCUGAGGUCUGUACGGUUGAGGAUAAAGCUGUUCUUGACGGUUGUGGUGAAGGUUUUGUAAAGCAAGAAGAUUCAUCAUAUUGUGAAUCGAAACCGUUUAGUCAGAUGUUAGAAGUUAAAGAAGAGGUUUCUGUUAGUGAAACGAGGCAGGAUGCGAGUAACGCGAGUACAGGGCUACUGGAUUACGAUUUGCUGAAUGAGUUUGAGGAGCAGUAUUGGAGCGGCUUAUCGAAGGAGAAGGCAGAGAGAGAGAUGCAGCAACAACAGCAGCAGCAACAGCAACAAGAUCUGCAAAACGAUAUGCUUAGUGUUGAGGAUUAUGGUUGGCCUAAUGACAUUGCAACCGACAAGGGUUUCUGGGAUUCUGAAGAGUACUUUGAUGUUGGUGAGCUCCUUGGCGAUUUGGAUUCGAAUGUCAUGUUACCUUGUCCGAGUUCGAACCAAGACCAAAACGGUAUAUAUCACAGUGGCUUUGAUUCAAACCCGCUUCAGCUUGAGCCACACGAUGGUCACGAGUUCUUUGACUUGGCUUCUCUGGAUCUUUGA